CGCUGACAUUUAUGUCAAUUAGAAAGAGGUAACAAAAUGCAAAAUGGCGGCUCGGGCACUUAAUAAACACCCUCUCAAAUCAGUCCCUAGUCAGAGAAUUGGGAAAUAACCAAGACAGAAACCAUGAUGGAGAACGAAUACAAGAAAAUAUUAGAGAGACUGCGGGUCAAGUUUCUUGCCUGUGUCACGACAGACCGAUUGUUAUCGCCGUUACUCGUAAGUCAUGUCAUAUCAUCGGAUGAACUUCAAACGAUACAGAACGAACCCCAGUCGCAGAAAGUUGGCAAGCUUCUCGAUGUCGUACAAAGAAAGGACUUCCACGUUUUCAAAAGAUUCUGCGUAGUUCUUGAAACAACCUUUCCUUAUAUGCUGAACUGUAUGUUUCUUGGAGUCGAACCCCCAGCUAUGGCUUCAGCCAGGCUUGAAAAAGCAAAUCAGAAUAAAACGGAAAACGAGGUCGAGGCGAAUUCACCCCGGCACAUUAAAUGCGGCACGGGACGCACGACAGUCGGUCGUAGCACGAGUAUGACCGGACACGACUUAUGUAAGGACCGCUACAGUCUCCUAAAAAAUGAGCUCAAAGCUGUCAAAUGGGAACUAGAGCAAGCGAGAGUGCAGUUGCACCGGACAGAGCGUGAGAGGGACCAGGCAUGUCGGGAGCUGGCCGAAGUGUCCGGCCAAAAAAGCGCCAAAAAUAUGGAAACCAGCAUUAACAGCAACACGAAUAACAACAACAACAACAACAACACACGUGAACGAAGCAAGGAUUAUCAGAGACUCAAGCACGAGUAUGUCAAUGUGCUAACCGAGUUGCAGAUUCUGAGGCAGAGGAAUAGUGAUUUGAAUGAGAAGUAUGACGUAGUGUCCCAAGAAGCGGAUUAUUUCCGUAAACAGCACAGAACCGUGCUGAACAAAUGUGACCUGCUAGUGAGGGAAGCCCAAAGUUUGCAAAGGAAAUACGAGGAGAGUUUGCGCGAACAGGAGAAAAUGAAGCAGGAUUAUGAGGAGAUUGUAUUGUUAAGAGAGCGGGAAAAGAAAGACACGAGUGAACGAUUUGAUGUAUUUAUUGACGAGUCUUCACCUGGGGACAGAUUCGCGGCCGAAGUAGAUAUUGAUAAGGAUUACGAGAUUCAGCAGACGCAUCGAGAGCUGCGAACGGAGUACAACCACGUAUUCAAUCAGUUGAAAUCUUUAGAGCUCGAGAAUGGGCAAAUGAAAGAGCAAUUUGAUAGCUUGAUCAAGGAACGGGAUGCGUUGAUCACGGAGUGCAAUGCGCUAAAACAGCAGUGCGAUAACGGACUGAGAAAUAUUGAGAGAGCCGCGAGAGAACGCGACACUGCGGUUAAAUCGUCGCAACAGGCACUCAAAGAGCGGGACGCUGCAUUACGCGACUGCGAUCAAAUCAUGAGCUUACAGGUAAAGACAGCUAAAGAAUUAGCGAAACUCACCGAGGAGCGGAAUGCUGUAAUUGGCGAGUACAGAUUGAUUAUGAGUGAACGAGAUAAUGUGCAUCGUGAAACCGAUAAAAUACAAGAAGAUUUGCACAAACUCCAGGAGCGAAAUGAGACAAUAUCGAGCGAAAAUAAGCAGCUGUACCAAUUGAAUAAGUCACUGCAAGAUGAGCUUAACGUGGCGUCCGCCGAGCGAACCAAACUCGGCAGCGAAGUCAGUGCUCUUCAUGGUGAGGUGAAUGGCCUGCUCUCUGAGAAAAAUUCCAUAAUUGCGCAAAGGGACAAAGCGAUGGAGGAGUACGAGAUGUUUAAGCAAGAGCGCGACGCUGCUAGGAAAGAGCGCAGUGAGGCGUUGAUACAUAGAGACAAGAUCUUAAAGGAGUGCUUUCGAGUGGAGCAAAAGCAGGAUCUCGCGCACAAGGGGGAGGCGAACGAGAAGGACUCGCUCAAGAAGAAGUUCCAGUUGCUUUCCAAGGAGUUGACGAGUUCGCUCCACGAGGCCGAUGUGUCGAAACAGAGGUGUGAUUGGGCGCUUAAUGAACGCGAUAGGGCUAUCGCCGAAUGCAAGAAACUUCAAUCAAGUUACGAUUUAUUGCAUGAAGAGCACGAGAGAACUGUGACCGACUUGACCGAAAUUGUGCAAGACUCGGAAAACGUGCGCGCGCAGCAUGCCGAAAUGAUGAUCGAGCUGAUGGAUCUAAGGACCCGGAUCGAGACCCAGCUCUCCGCUAAAAGCUCGUCCAGGGAACUGGUGUCGAGUCGUGACUCAGCCAUCGACACUGACUCUACGGAAUGGGAAAUGGAAUCAGUUGUUUUGGAAAAGCCGGAUCAUCACCAGGAUGUUGGUAUAACUAUCGGGGGAGGACACGACGCGCCCGUUGCACCCCACGACACGUCAAUCAUCAUUACUGACGUCACCAAGGGUAGCCUUGCCGACGGCAAACUAAGAAUCAAUGAUCACCUACUCAAGGUGAAUGAUGUGGAUCUGACAAACGUCGCGUACCACACCGCGGUACAGGCCAUUAGCGAGGCGAACGUCAUCAGCUUGACUGUGCGCAGACGCAGAUCGUCCAGCGUCAAGUCCCUGGUGCAGCCUGUGCGUCUGACACUCUCUGAUGGAAAAGAGCUUGGAAUCCAUAUCGACAACUCCAAGUUCAUCAGCUUCAUCUCCCCGGGCAGUACUGCUGCGCUAAACCCCAUGCUCGCCAUCGGGGACAAGAUAGUGGAGGUAAAUGGCCAAUCGGUGGAGAACCUGUCACAACUAGAGACCGAGAAGCUGCUGUGUACUAGUACUGUAAGCCUUGCCGUCCUAAAACCCAAAAGCGCACACCUCACCCAAGCCAUGCAAUCCCUUCUCGAGGAAGUCAACGAGAAAAUGAGCUGCGAAUCAGACCUGUUCCAUCACUUGCAGACUAACAGGAAGAGAAUCCUAAUGAACGAUAGCUACUCGGAAAUGGGAGGCUUCUCUCGCCACGCCCAUGGGUACUCGGGGCGAAGCUCCCCCACGGAGGAAGGGGUGUUAAUCCCGGAUUGCGUGUCUGAGCCUGUGUUGAACUCUUCGCCUUCCUUGACGCCUCUUUACGAGGAGAGGUGCCAGGAAACACCGACCGACUCUAGUACUGCCUCGGUGAGCAGCGAGAACGUCAGACACUCUUCUUGUUCACGCUCUGUGACUCCGAAUCAGUCUUCUCCUCUCUCCGAGUUAGCUCAUACAUCACCUGCACACCUAGCUACCGCAUCUCAGAUCACCCACCCCUUACCCCAUCGAACCAUAAGCAUCCCAUACCCCUCCCCCCCACAUACCACUUCAUCUCAGUCUUCUCAGGCCACCCAUACUCCUCCCCCUCGUGCCGUUGACUUGCCACACCCCUCUUCCCCUCACUCUUCCAGUGCUCUUUACUCUUCACCUUCUCGUACAUCGAAUCUUCCUUACACCACUUAUACCAACACCGCAAUAUCUUCCCAACCCUCCCCUCCUUACUCAAGCACCUCCCCCCACCCCUCGCACUUUUCGACUCGGGUCUCGACAAACGGGUCCAGUCCCAGCUGUCAGUACACUUACGCGGACAGAUCAACACAGGAGAAACCUCUGCCACCGACCCGCACCAGUUCAUACAUCACAGCGGUCACCUCGGCCGCGCAUCCCCCGGGGCCACACCCAUCGAGGCUACACCCCUUUGGAUCACACCCAUUGGAACAAGAGGAGACUAUUGCGUUAGAACAUUUGUCCGGUCAGGGACCGUCCGAGGGUGAGGUGUCCGGUCAUGGUCCUUCUAGCUCGCUGCCCGACCCAGACUUCUUGGACGAGCCUCAUACUGCCGCGUUCUACGCGCGCAUGAGCACGUAUCAGAAACCGCGGGGCGGUGCGCGCCCGCAAUCAGCGCCAGCUACGAGACAUCAGUACCUACCUUACACAAGUCAUACCGACCCCCUGGCUCUGGCUCCGCCCAAACUGUACCCCACGGGACCCCCCGUAUCCGUGGCCGUCCUCAAAUCGCGCUCCGUCCCGUUUUACACGGCGACAAGUUACGUAAUACCACGCUACAACACCCACCCUGUUGAGACACAGCACUGCAUGCCGGUACGUUGCCACAGGGAGUCCACCGGAUCCGGGUCAAGCACACCACGCGCCGCGCUGUCACGCAGUCACGCCAUGUCGGAUACGAGGAUGUCGUAUCACUACCGCCAGGGCUCGUCACACAGCGCGGAUGAGCGCGAGUUUAGACGCCGUCACGCGUCCCAACAGAGCUUCGACUCCAGCACUCACAGCCACCCCCUCAGUAGGAAGCAUCACCGAGUCAGCCUCCCCCCGCCCGGCCAGUUCAGCUCGCAGCCUGCGUUCCCGGCCGGUAGUCACGGUUCGGUGGAAUCCGGGGGGUCACCCUCCUCGGGGCAGGCUACCCCCCUCAGGGCGCCGUCUACGCCUAUCGUGGCGCCGGUUAUCGAGGGAGAGAUUUUAGCUUUCGACUUCAGUGGCUCGAUGCCCCCGGAUGCUACUGAUAACAGAGACCACGAACCACGUCAGGUGCACAUCGAGAAGAAAGACACCCUUGGCAUUUCCAUCACCCCUGGCAACUGCGGCGGGAUCUACGUGUGCAACGUGAAGGAAGGGAGUGUUGCGCAGAAGGCCGGGCUAAGAUACGGUGACCAGCUUCUAGAGUACAACGGUGUGAAUCUUCGUUGCGCGACUUACGAGCAGGCCGCGAAGAUCUUGAAAGAAUCCGGGAACAGCGUAACGAUCCUGGCGCAGUUUAACCCACAGAGGAACUGGGAUGCGGAUAUAAACCUGAGCAACUCUGAGUCGAGUACCGCAUGCAGCACGCCCAUCAACAGACGGAAAGUCAAGAGGGAUGACAGCACCAUCACCCCACCCAUACCACGUGACGAAAAGGUGGUACCGGUGAGUGACGUAGAACCGCCAGGGGACCUCCGGUGGGUCUACCUCAAGCGGUCAUCUUCUUCUCUUGGCUUUAACAUCACUGGAGGCAACGCGACUGGCAUCUUUGUCUCCGAGCUGGACUCGGGCAAAGACAGGCCAAGCGGCCUCAACGUUGGCGACCAGAUACUCGAGUAUAACGGCAUGGAUAUGACCAUGUGUACAGCCGAACAAGCGAUGCUAGAGCUUUGUAAACCUACUGCAGAUUCCGCACAAGUAUUGGUCCAGUACAACCCAACAAAGUACAACUCGAUAAAAGACCAGCCUGGGGACUCCUUCUAUGUCAGGGCUCUGUACCAAAGGGUAGCUCACUCCAAGGACGAGCUUAGCUUUAAGAAAGGUGACAUACUCUACAUCACGGAUAGCAUGCACCUUGGGUACGUCGGGUGCUGGAGGGCGUGUCUAGUCAGUCCUGAGGAUGCGCUGAAACGAGAGAGUGGCAUGGUGCCUAGCAGAACGAAAGCUGAGCAAGAAAUCUUGUUGCGUCGGAGCCUCGUCCUGGCACAUGGCGACGAUCACAAGUUGUCUGGUCGUCGCAGCCUGUUCCGCCGAAGCAAGAAAAGCACACAUGGGCUUGUGGUCAACCAUUCAAGAGAGGGAAGUGACUCGGCGGCCAGUAUCACAACCAUGUGCUCAGAUCUAGGCGUGGUGUCGUACCAAACAGUUGAAAAGCUUGAUAGUCACUUGCCACGAACCGUCAUCCUUUUCGGUCCUUUCUCCGAGGUGUUUUGUGAGAAACUUGCCACCGACUUCCCCUACAAGUUCACGCUCUUCAAACCAGAGCUGAUGAAUUUAUCCGAAGAAAAGAUCGAGAAGAAAGUCGCCGAAGGCAAGCUCGUGGACUACACGUGGAAGGCAGGGCAGCUUCACUGUUUGACGCUAUCUGCGAUUAAGAAUGUUACUGACAAGCAUUUAUUGCUUACCGUGAGCCCGCAUGCGGUCGAGCGGUUGCACGCCUUGCAAGUCUAUCCCAUAGUGCUCUAUGUGAAGUUCAAGUCCUUCAGGCAAAUCAAGGAUUUACGUGAUAGUAAGUACAUCCCGGAAAAGAUGACAAGUAGAAACGCUAAAGAUCUACACGAGUCGUCCUUGAGGCUUGAAAGAGACUUCAAACAUUUAUUCAAUGCGUCUGUUCACGGCAACUCAACAACUCACAUCUGCACGGCCAUCCAGGAGGCGGUGGCUGAGCAACAGAAGAAAACCAUAUGGGUCCCUCUCUCCAGCGUAUGAACACUAGAUACACAGCGAGAAAGACCUUGUGGGUCCCUCUCUACAGCGUAUGAAUACUACCCACACAGCGAGAAAGACAGCGAGAAAGACCAUGUGGCCCCUUUCUACAGCGUGUGAACACUAGCCACACAGCGAGAAAGACAGCGAGAAAGACCAUGUGGCCCCUUUCUACAGCGUGUGAACACUAGCCACACAGCGAGAAAGACAGCGAGAAAGACCAUGUGGCCCCUUUCUACAGCGUGUGAACACUACCCACACAGCGAGAAAGACAGCGAGAAAGACCAUGUGGGCCCCUUUCUACAGCGUGUGAACACUACCCACACAGCGAGACACAUCAGUGGCUAAUUGAUUAAGCUCUCCUUUCAUUUAGUAUAUAGCUGAUAUGAUUAAGGGCUAUGGCUUCCAUCCACCGAUCACAGUGGCCACGGAAUGUGUUUAGAUUAUUUGUGAAAAUGCUGGCCAAAACAACCGACACAUUGUUGCCCCUGCAGUGACGCUUUUGGGACGCCAUGUUGGGACCAGUGCCGUAGCAGGCAUCGAAAUAUUAGGGGUGGCACAAUACAGAAACAGUAAGAAAAUAUUUGGGGGCACGGCCACGCCCCUACUGGUCAUUUCCUUAUAUAUAUUUUAAAUAUUUGGGGGCACGUGACCCUUGUGCCCCACCCCCGGCUACGGCCCUGUUGGGAGGAGCUGUGAAGAAGUUCGCCAAAUUUGCUUUGUCUUGUGGACAACAGAGUGUGUAUGGGAUGCUGGGCUGCUAUUACCGCUGUUUGCUCGUGUCUUAGCUCUCGCUUUCUUAGAUUUGCACUCGGAGAGUCCGUGGGUCGUAACACGCAUUGCCUCAUGGGUACGAAAUGUAAUUUAACGAAUGCAGGUUAGAUAGUGCCUUUUUAUUUAUGUGCUUGUGAACACUUUCGAGGGCUUAUAUAUUUCCUUUUGAGUAUUAUCCAUCAUGCACCGUGCAGGGCCGUAGGGGGGAGGGGGGGAGGCACUGAAGUCACGGGCCCCCAAAUAUUAUAAGGAAAUGACCAGUAGGGGCGUGGCUGUGCCCCCGAUAUUUUCUUAAUGUUUCUUUAUCGUACCCCUAAUAUGCCGAGGCCUGCUACGGCUAUGCUGCGGGUUACGACACUUGGAUUAUUGGGUGCAACCUUAUUUGUAAUAGGUGUUUAACUAUCCCCCAUGAUCGCUAUAGCUUAGAAUAGCAAAGGGUGGCUUUACAAAGCUUUUAGGCGAAAGACAUGUGUUUUUAGGUAAGGGGGUAGGAAUGGGGGGAAAGAAAUGUACAGUAUUUUAUUGAUUGCAGGCUACUGUGCAUCAGAAUAAUAAUAAAAUACAUCUAGAAACUGCUA